CAUCCCAUCCACGUCACAGUGGGAGCUCGGAAAGAGCUCCCACUGUGGUUGCUCUGAAGGUUGCAAUAACGUCUAUCUCCCAGCUUUAACCAUGGGAAACUGUGUCUCUUUGAGUCUGACAGCAACCCGCGGAGCGCCCUCUCUCUCUGCUUCCAAGGCCAGCAGGAAACUUUCCCCAAUCGAAUCGCAUCCCUUUCAUCUUCCAUCGCCAUUGCCAUCUUUCCCACCAGGUGGACAAUUCGCCAAGGGGAGCAUCGACCUCGGCGGCCUCGAGGUUCGCCAAGUCUCCAACUUCAGCAGCGUUUGGGCGACCCACGGCGGCGGCCCCGACGAUCUCGGCGCCACCUUCUUCAGGCCUUCCUCACUCCCCGCCGGCUUCUCGCCCCUCGGCUACUAUGCCCAGUCUAACAACCGCCCUCUCUUCGGCUGGCUUCUCGUCGGAAGGGCUAUCGGCUCUGGCGGCGAUGUGGCUCUCGCAAAGCCUUCCGACUACACCCUCCUAUGGAGCAGCGAGUCGUUCAACAACCUCAAGCAAGAUGGCCACGGCUACUUCUGGCUCCCGACGCCGCCGGAUGGAUACCGAGCAGUCGGGCUAGUCGUCACCGGCUCGCCGGAGAAACCACCUCUCGAUGAAGUCCGCUGCGUGAGGAGCGACCUGACCGAAGAAGUGGAGAACGAUGAGUAUAUUUGGAGCACCGACGGGUUCAACGUCAACGCUUCACGGCCGGCCGUGAGAGGCAUCGCCGCCGCCGGCGUGCCGGUGGGGUCCUUUCUCGCUCAAGCAAAUAAUGGAAUGGUCACAAAGUUAGCUUGUUUGAAGAACUCGGCGUCCAAUUUCACCAACGCUAUGCCGAAUCUUAACCAAGUGGAAGCUCUCAUGCAAGCUUACGCGCCGAAGAUUUACUUUCACUCCGACGAGGAGUACUUGCCUUCCUCGGUGAAUUGGUUCUUCGGUAACGGAGCUCUAUUGUACCAGAGAGAAAACCAGAGCAAUCCUUCAACUCCGAUCGAGCCUGACGGAUCGAAUCUCCCACAGGGAGAAUCCAACGACGGAGCUUACUGGAUCGACCUGCCGGCCGAAGAUGACCGAAAGAAUAAGGUGAAGAAGGGGGACAUCUCCAGCACCAAAGUCUACCUCCAUGUGAAGCCCAUGCUGGGCGCGACCUUCACCGACAUGGCCAUAUGGAUAUUCUACCCCUUCAACGGGCCGGCAAGGGCGAAGGUGAGCUUCAUCAACAUCAAGUUGGGGAAGAUCGGGGGGCACGUGGGUGACUGGGAGCACAUGACUCUGCGGAUCAGCAAUUUCACCGGCGAGCUGCGGCGGGUGUACUUCAGCGAGCACAGCGCGGGGAGCUGGGAGGAGGCGUCGCAGGUGGAAUGGGACGGUGCGACGAACAAACCGGUUGGGUACGCGUCGCUGCACGGGCACGCGAUGUACGCCAGGCCGGGGCUAGUGCUGCAGGGGAACGCCAAGCUGGGGAUCGGCAUCAGGAAUGACACCGACAAGGGGAGCAGCGUGGAUAGCGGGGAGAGCUGGGAGGUGGUGGGGGCGGAGUACUUGGGAGUGGAGGCGCCGCCGUGGGUGAACUACAUGAGGGAGUGGGGGCCGAAGAUUAGCUACGACAUUUCGAAGGAGCUGAAGAGAGCAGAGAGGCUGCUGCCGGGGAGGCUCAAGAAGAGUCUCGAGAGCAUCAUCCGGAGUCUGCCGGAUGAGGUGCUGGGGGAAGAAGGGCCGACGGGGCCCAAGGAGAAGACCAACUGGGCGAUGGAUGAAAAGUAGAGAUGAUUAUUGUUUUCAGUAGGAUAUGUAAUUAAUUAAUUAAUUAGUUAUUAUUAAUGCCACGUAAACUACCAACCUGUAGAAGCCAAGCCAAAUGGAUGAAAUUAAUAAGACAAAGCAAACA